AAUUUGUCAUUUUAGGAAAAAGACUCGAACGGAGAAGUGCGUCACAUAAAUUUUGUAACAUUACUGUGUUUUCUCCAUUGAAAUUUGCUCUUUUGUGAUUGUAACUAUGAUAUGACAAAACAAGAACUUUACAACUGUAAUUUGUGAAGUUUAGUGAAUUAAAAUGGCUGGCAGUGGCAAAAGAAUUAUGCGAGGAUUUCUACCAUCUAUACUCGGAUAUCUGUUUUUACUUCACCUAACAGAAUAUAUUCCGAGCGCGUCAGCCAAGGGCCAGUGCGUGUGGUACGGCGUCUGUUCCAAUGCCACAGAGUACAAGAAGAAGAACUGCUUAUACGAUGGGCCCGCCAAGCCGGUCGAUGAAGUCUCUCGGCCGAUCCUAGAGAAGUACUGCCCUGACCUCGCAGCCGGCGGUCUGACCUGCUGCGAUGGCGAGCAACUCGCGACCCUCAACAGCAAGAUCGUUCUUGCCGAAAACCUUAUAGCAAGAUGCCCGUCCUGUAUGAACAACUUCAUAAAGCACAUAUGCAGUUUGACGUGCGCGCCGGAUCAGAGCAAUUUCCUGAAACCGGCGAAGACUAGCCCGUUCAAUGCAACACACCAGCGUAUUGACGAGAUUGACUAUCAUCUCGGCGCUACGUAUAUGAACAACACUUUCACAUCAUGUUCAAAUGUGCAAGUGCCAUCGUCGAACCAACUGGCGCUGGAUCUCAUGUGCGGCAACUACGGGUCGCAGUUCUGCACGCCGCAGCGCUGGUUCGAUACAAUGGGCGACGCGAGUACACCCUUUGUGCCCUUCCAGAUCAACUACAUCAGUGGGGACGAGCCUAGCGAUGGUCUGACACCGUACAACCCACCCACACGGCCGUGCAAUGAGGGCAUUAAUGGCCAGCCCGGCUGCUCGUGCCUGGACUGCACGAGCGCGUGCCCGGCGCCGCCGCCCGGCCCCGCCCCGCCCCGCCCCUUCUCCAUAGCGGGCGCGGACGGGUACGCGGUGUGUAUGGCGAUCGUCUUCGUUAUAUUCACUUCGCUGUUCCUCGGCGGAGUGUACUGUUGUAACCAGCAGGAAAAUGUUGUUGAGUCGUGGCGGUCGGUGGACCUCGACGGACCGGAGACGAGCCCGCUACACACGCACAGAUCUAGCGUAGCAUCAGAAACGAACGCCGAAAUGUCCACUGCCGGUGGCGCUGCGUGGCCUCUCGACCGCGCUGAAGGAGCGUCGGAUGCGAGUUUCUUUGAGAAGCUGGGAGCUAAGACUGAGACCAAGUUGGAAGACUUCUUCCAGUGGUGGGGAACUAUCAUGGCGUCGAGGCCGUGGCUCGUACUGUUUCUGGGUCUCUGCUUCAUAGUGGCUCUAGGGCACGGCAUCAAAUACAUGCAAGUGACGACGAACCCCGUAGAACUGUGGGCGGCUCCCAACUCCAGAUCUCGGCAAGAGAGAGAGUUCUUCGACUCUCACUUUGAGCCCUUCUAUAGAACGGAGAUGUUGAUCAUCACGGCUAAGGGCCUCCCGAAGAUUGAGUACACGGCAACUGAUGGUACAGUGAUGACCUUUGGGUCUGUGUUCAAUUCGACCUUCUUGUUGGAUGUACUGGAUCUGCAGAAUAGAAUUAUGGCGAUCGGCAACGAGACCCGCAUAGAGGACAUAUGUUUCGCCCCACUUUCCUCCCCAUUCGAAGGGCCGGUGACCCCACAGCAGUGCGCCAUCAUGUCUCCGCUCGCCUGGUGGGAGAACGAUCCGGAUAAUAUCAACGAUUAUUUGGAAGAUAACGCGUAUCUAUCGCAAGUGAUGCGCUGUUCCAGCAACCCGUACGGGUGCCUGGCGGCGUGGGGCGGGCCGGUGCUGGCGGGCGUGGCGCUGGGCGGGUUCCUGGCGCCCGGCGAGCCGCUCGGCAAGGCCAGCCGCUUCAACGAGGCCAGCGCGCUCAUACUCACCGUGCUCGUCGACAACCGGCACGAUCGGGAGAAGUUAAAACCAGCGCUGCAAUGGGAGAAAGAGUUCAUCGAAUUCAUGAAGAACUACACGGAAAACGAAAUGCCCGCAUACAUGGAUAUCGCAUACACGUCGGAACGGUCUAUAGAAGACGAACUGGACCGCGAGUCGCAGUCCGACGUGUCGACGAUAUUGGUGUCGUACUUCAUAAUGUUCGCGUACAUUGCGAUAUCGUUGGGUCGCUUCACGACUUGUUCGAGACUGCUGAUCGAUAGUAAAGUCACUUUGGGGCUUGGAGGUGUACUCAUAGUACUGGCCUCAGUAGUAUGCUCGAUCGGCAUAUUCGGUUUCGCCGGAGUAGCGGCGACACUCAUCAUAGUUGAAGUGAUACCGUUCCUUGUGCUUGCUGUGGGCGUGGAUAAUAUAUUUAUAUUGGUGCAAACCAACCAACGGGAGGGUAGACGGCCUAAUGAGACGGUCGCUGAGCAUAUUGGGAGGACGCUCGGUCAAGUCGGUCCCUCCAUGUUCCUCACAUCAGUAUCGGAGUCCGUGUGCUUCUUCCUCGGAGCCCUAAGCGACAUGCCGGCAGUUCGGGCCUUCGCUUUAUAUGCUGGAGCUGCUCUGCUCGUGGACUUCCUGCUGCAGGUCACCUGCUUCGUGGCGCUGCUCGCUAUAGACACGCACCGGCAGAACGCUAAUAGAUUCGACAUAUUCUGCUGCGUGUCCGGCACGAAGACGGACGCAGCGGACGCCGGUGAAGGGGCUCUGUACAACGUGUUCAAGUUCGCGUACGUGCCGUUCCUCAUGCGCCGCGAAGUGAGGGCCGCCGUCAUGGUCAUAUUCUUCGCGUGGCUGUGCUCGUCCGUCGCCGUGGCGCCGCACAUAGAAAUAGGUCUCGAUCAAGAACUCUCGAUGCCUCAAGACAGCUUCCAACUCAAAUACUUCCAGUACCUCAACAAAUACCUGAACAUUGGUCCACCUGUUUACUUCGUGAUCACGGAAGGCCUAGAUUAUUCUAACACGAGCAUGCAGAAUAUGGUCUGCGGGACCAGGUUCUGUAGGCCGGACAGUGUUGCCAUGCAACUGUAUGCAGCAUCCCGCACUCCAAACGUGACAUACAUAGCUCAGCCGCCGAACUCGUGGUUAGACGACUUCUUCGACUGGGCCGCACUGACAGAUUGCUGUAAAUACUUCCCUUCGAAUGAUAGCUUCUGUCCGAGCAAGAAUGACGAUCCAUGCCAGGCGUGCAACAUACAGCUAGUUGGCCGGGAACAGCGUCCCACACCAGAUGAAUUCCAACGCUACGUCCCGUACUUCUUACAAGACAAUCCAUCCACUACGGGCUGUGUGAAAGGUGGCCAUGCUGCGUAUGGCCACGCUUUGAAUUACCAACUGAACAAAACGCGAGCUAACGUUGGAGCUACUUACUUCCAGGGCUACCACACAGUGCUGAAAACCAGUCACGACUACUACUCAGCGCUGCGAGCCGCUCGCAGCAUCGCAGCGAACCUCACUGAGACACUGAACCGCAACUUACAAGAACUGGGAGUCACCAACACUGUGAACGUGUUCCCGUAUUCCGUGUUUUAUGUGUUCUAUGAACAGUACUUGACCAUGUGGCCGGAUACCCUUAAGUCUAUGGGCAUUUCUGUGCUCUCGAUAUUCAUUGUGACCUUCGUGCUCAUGGGAUUCGAUCUGUUUUCCGCUCUGGUGGUAGUGAUAACAAUUACUAUGAUAGUGGUGAACCUCGGUGGUCUCAUGUACUGGUGGGGCAUCAGCCUUAACGCCGUGUCUCUUGUUAAUUUGGUGAUGGCGGUCGGCAUAGCGGUGGAGUUCUGCUCGCACCUGGUGCACAGUUUCAGCGUAUCGCCCGGCGAGAGUCGCAUCGCUCGCGCUUCAGCCGCGCUCACACGCAUGGGCUCCUCCGUGCUGUCCGGCAUCACGCUCACCAAGUUCGGUGGGAUCAUCGUUUUGGGCACAGCCAAGAGCCAGAUCUUCCAGGUGUUCUACUUCCGCAUGUACCUGGGCAUUGUGCUGUUCGGCGCCGCGCACGGGCUCAUCUUCCUGCCCGUCAUGCUCAGCUAUAUCGGCAUAACCCGUCGCCGGGGUGGCUGGCGGGAGGGGCCGGGGUUCGCCUACGGCAGUCUAGACUCGCCAGAGGAGCCCCAAGCGUCUGGCAGCGGCACCGCGCUCACGCAGGAGAUGUGAUACGAUAGAGCUGGCAGCACUGACGCUUUUUAAUUACGUCACUGUCACGAUGACAUUGACAGUUCGGUUUAACGUCACUGUCAAUAUAUGAGGAGUGACAUUGACAUUUUAUAAAGUGACAUUGACAAUUAGGUGUAUCGUCACUGUCAAAAUUGAAAUUUGUAGUUCAAUGGCAGCACAUUCGGCUUGUAAUGUUGCUAUUAUUGAAAACUUAAAUAAUCUUUCCUAUUAGAUCUUUAUUUGGUUAGAACGGUAGAACGCGACUUAAUUGUUAGAACUAGCUAACUAUAGUGCGUUAGAAUGUAAAGAAUAACUAAUUUUGCUAAAUAAUAUCAUCGGAAGGCCUAUACUCAUUGUAAGGUUAUUACUAUUCUGCGCUAAUCCAAUCUAAACAAUUUGCCUUAGAUUGAAACCUCAGGUGUAAGCUUUAUAAAAUUCCAUUAUGAUUAUCAUUAGUUGUGGAAUUUGGAUAAGGCCUAUUGGAUUCUGUGAUAGUACUAGCAAAAGCUUUGCACUUUUGUCAUGUAACUAUUUUGUCGUGUACGUCUUAAUUAGCCUAUCGAUAUUUUGAUGCAAUUUUUGUGAUUAAAGUAUUGUAGUCUGAAAGCAAAUCUGAAUGUUUCGUACGAAAUUCGUAUUUGAAACUACACUGGUGCUUUUUGGGCGUUCCUUGCAAGACUGACGUCGAGUAUUUAUGGGCUUUAUAACUAUGAAGUAUAGGUGAUUCGAGAUUUAAUAUUAUCGUCAACAGUUUUGACCUAUUUCUAAUAAUAGCUGUUUAUUUAGUACUUUAAGGGUCGUCUCGAGUCGUAAUGCCAGUUACAUUAGUUUAAAUCUAAUAAAUAUCAUAGGAAAUAUUAAAAAGUGUCAGUGUUGCUAUUACAUGGACUUGAAAUGGUGAUAUUAUUAACGAAGUGAAUAGCUAAAAGUAGAUCUUUUAACCUUUCUACGUAGGAGUGGCAUUAGAUAAUAACAGAGCGACGUUU